GUUCUCAGUCCAGGUUGUGCAAGCUUUGAUGAAUUCAGAAAUUUUGAGCACAGGGGGAAGGUCUUUCAGGAGCUGGUCUUCUCAUCAGAAUAAGUCUUGGUUAGCUAAUUUGCUCUGGAAAGCAGAUGAGUGACUCCUAUAUUAUAUAUAUGUUGUAUAUAUGUUGUUCAUCAAUCACUUGUAUUUAAGCUUUCCACCUUAAUUUGGCUCAUCAAACCCAUCCAGUGUUGCCUCCACUGACAUUUAAAACAUGUAUUAGUCGAAUUGGUUCUCGCUGGCGCUGUUGAAACCCCAAGGCAUUAUCUUUAUCAACAUUAUGAUAGGUCAAAAUCUAUCUCCUGUUAGGCCAAGCCCAUAUGAAAUCAAUGGGUUCUCAUAGCCGAAGAGCAACUUGAUUUCCAAAUAAAAUUAGUAAUUUGCUUUCAAAAAUGGACAACCAAAUGUUAUAAACUUUGUUUAUUCUCUGUUUUUCGAUUAAAAAAAAAAAACUUAACUUGUUUGGUGUUGAAAAUGAAAAAUGUUUUUUGUUUUCUAAAAUAUAGAAAAAUGAAAACAAUACAUAAAAUACAUUUAAUAAUAAAUUUUCAAAAAAAAAAAAUGUUUUAUAAGAUAGAGAUAUUUGCACUGAAAGAUACAAAAAAACGGAGAAAAGGCCGGCUUCUAAUCUAAUAAUUCCGUAAGGGUGGGUCGGUGAUUUGCUUUGUCCCUAACUCCCUGCAGAGUACAGACGGAGUAAUCUUUCUCCGUUUUAAGUUGUAGCGACAGAAAUAGAAAUGGAGAGGGAAGGUUGACAAAUACGACACACUCUUUGUGCCUGACAUGAGAGUGUGUAGCAAUUAUCACGAGUCUUGAUCGACAAAGAUGAAGAUUCAAGAAGAGGAAAAAAGAAGCUUUCCAAAUAAACCCUAAAAUCAAUAUCCAUUUCUUCUCAACGGUGAAGCUUUCUCAGGGCCAUGCUUGAGUUGGUUUAGCCAUUGAAGGGACUGUGCAUUAUACUUGUAACUUGCUAUGACAACAUGAUAAAUUGCUAUCCCAUCAGCACUUGUGCGAGGAAUAUUGUCCGGCUGAGUGGGUGUGUUCAGAGACAAAUGAGCAGCCAUAUCUGUAGUUUGGUAUCUCAAGGACCAUCCAGUUCUUUUAGUUUCUAUUUUUACACAGGGCAUUCCAAACCAAAAAAUACCUUCAUGUCUGUCUCUGAGACAUUCUCUUGUUCAUCCAUUACUGCCUUUCAUACAUUCCAGGGGAGCUGUUUUUAUUCUGGCCUCUCCAAGCGAAGGGGGAGCUCACGUUCACUAACAGUUAAAAGUUUGAUUGGUUCCAGAGGACCUUCAAAGAGAAGCCUUAAUAUUUCAUUGACAUGCCAAAAUAUGAAUGUGAGGCUUUUGGUGCCAAAACAAGGAGUUCUUCCUAAAAUCAAAUGUAAUGUGGGAUCAGUGUCUUGGCCACAAGGAUGUGCCUCCGCUGGAUUAAUGUUUGCACUGUUGGUUUGUUAUUCAAGUUCUGAACCAGUACAUGCUGAAUCAGCCCAGAAAAAGGAGGAUAAGAAAGGUGAAUGUUAUACCAAUUCACAUGGAAAGAAAGUCUAUACUGACUAUUCCAUUACUGGCAUACCCGGAGAUGGGAGAUGCUUAUUUCGCUCUGUUGUUCAUGGAGCUUGUUUGCGGUCUGGAAAACCAGCUCCAAGUGCAAGCUGUCAAAGAGAAUUGGCUGAUGAACUACGAGCUGAGGUUGUGGAUGAGUUUAUCAGAAGAAGAUCUGAGACAGAAUGGUUUAUUGAAGGUGAUUUUGAUACUUAUGUUUCACAAAUGAGGAAACCGCAUGUAUGGGGAGGUGAACCUGAAUUAUUCAUGGCUUCACAUGUUCUCCAGAUGCCGAUCACAGUCUACAUGUAUGAUAAGGAUUCUGGUGGCCUAAUAGCCAUUGCAGAGUAUGGACAGGAAUAUGGCAAGGAAAAUCCUAUUAGGGUCCUUUAUCAUGGCUUUGGCCAUUAUGAAUCUUUGCAAAUUCCUGGAAAGAAGGGGGCUAAAUCGAGACUUUAGCGUUGGUACCACCAUCAGAAUGGCAGAGUGAUUAACUGUACCAAUAAUCAACAUAAAGGAAAGGUAUGAGUACCUUACAUGUUUGUAACCUCCAUAUUUUUUUUCAUGAUAUAAGUUUGAGUGAAAUUAAGUUGGUGAAUUCCUGGUUCAAAAGACCCUAUUUUAUUUUAUUUAAAUAAGAGUCAGAAUCUUCUCCAUCAUGAAUGGAGGAAUCACGAUUGCA